CGUCUGACGUCACCAUAACCCGGAAGUGCCGGGUUAACAACAAGGACAGAAGCAGCUGCUCUUCGGACUUAUCAAAGCUAGACCUGCAGGCGCAUGUAGGUCAGGAUCCUCCUCUGGUUCUGGGUCUGAGUCUGGUUCCGGUGGUGUGUGGAGGUUCAUGGCGGGACAGGGGCUGCUCAGGGGGGCUCUUCGGAUCCUCCGUCCCGCGACACUGGCCUUGACUUCCAGCUGCGUCCCGGCCCGGUCGGAGCCGCUCCGUCUGCCCGCUCCAUGUGCGCUGCACCCGGCGUGGAGGACGUUCCCCGUCCGGUGCCUGCAGCUGAGCUCCGGCCUGUGUGCAGGACACAACAAGUGGUCCAAGGUGAAACACAUCAAGGGCCCCAAAGAUGAGGCGAGGGGGAGGAUGUUCAUGAAGUAUGGCAUGAUGAUAAGAAUAGCAGUGAAAGAAGGAGGCUCCAACCCAGAGAUGAACGUAAACCUUGCCCACAUACUGGAGCAGUGCAGGAGCAAGAACAUGCCCAAAGCCUCCAUAGACGCUGCGAUCAAGAGCGCGGACAAGGCCAAACCGGCGUCGCAGCACAUGGUUGAAGCUCGGGGGCCGGGAGGAUGUCUGCUGCUCAUCGAGAUCCUGACCGACAACAUCACGCACCUCAGACAGGAAAUCAAACGCAUCCUCUCCAGGAACGGAGGGAUGCUGUCUGACGGAGCUCGUAAUAACUUCAGUAAGAGGGGGGUGGUGGUGGUGGAGUCCGGUCAGGACGUCUCCGCGGAGAGAGCUCUGGAGCUGGCCAUCGAGUCUGGGGCCGAGGACGUCCAGGAGGACGAGGACGAGGACGAGAAGCCCGUCCUCAAGUUUAUUUGCGACACGGCCGACGUUUGGAAGGUCCGAGCUUCUCUGAAGGAGCUGGGGACGAACGUCACGUCCUCGGGGCUGGAGUUUGUCCCUCGCACCCAAUUGUCUCUGGACGAGGACCAGCUGGACGCCGCCUGGUCUCUGAUAGACGCUCUCAGCGACCUCCCGGACGUGGUCCGGGUCUGGGACAACAUCGGGGCCGACGGGGACAGCUGAGGACAUUUAAAUUCUCAAAAAAAAAUAAAUAAAUAAAAAAAAAAAAAGGACAUUUCCAUCAGACGCCUUGUGCAGCAUCAGUGGGCGUGUCGGCCAUUUUGUUGCUGAUGCAUUGUGGGAAAAACUAGGAAAACUGGGGAGGUGAAAGUUUUUUUCAGUGUUGGUUUUCACAAAGUUUGCUGCUUCAGUGUUUUUAGAUCUUUUUGUCCGAUGUUACCAUGGUAACGCCGAAGUGUAAUCACAAGCGUCUCAUAAGAGUCAGACAGUUAUAUUAAGUUUAUGCAAAGAGUCAGUAUUUCUCCUCUUUUCCAGUCAACGUCUGGGCCACAUCCUGACUGACGGCAGCUCAUUGUUGCGUAACCAGUGUCAGAAUUUGUGUGUUUUUGUUGCCUCCUGAGAAAUGACCACAUGUUCUGGGGAGUUUCUUGGUCAUGGACCCAAAACUUCUGUGCAAACUUCUCCAUCACGCUGUUGCUCUCAGAGAUAAUUUGGUUCCAUUCUUGAUUCAUGGCUUCGUCUUCAGGCUGAGAGAGAACAGGACUCUGGGCUCUGAACCUUUUGCAGAACAUCAGUCUGUCCCUGAUGUUUUUCCUGGAGGGAAGUGGCUUCUUUGCUUCCCUUCUUGACACCAGGUCGUCCCCCAAAUGUCUGCAGAUGUCCUCACACCCGUCUGCAGCCAUUCCUGACCGAGCGAUGCUGCAGCUGAAGCAACUUUUGGAGACAAACCUGGAGUUUGUUGGACUUUUUCUGGCUUCAUGACUCUUUCUUCACAACAGCUAAACCUCUCUCCUUGAAGUUCUUGAUGAUCCUAUAAAUGGUUGAUUUAGAUUCGUUUCUUAUCCUAGAGUUCAUGCAAACCUGCCCCGUCAGGUUCAACGGACACUUCUAACUUCAGAAAAGUGAGUAAAUGACCCGUAGAAACAUAAUAAACCAAAAGAACAUCAUGGAAGGUUUCUCACGCCUCAUUGAAUUCAUUCUAAAAAAGAAAAAAAAAUGGCGUCUAAGAAUAAGAAGAAGAACUUUAGUGGCUCAGAGAAAGAAAAUCUCAUUUUCAGCAGCGUCAGCGGCUAAGCUAAAUGCUAAGCUAAAUGCUAAGCUAAAGGCUAAGCUAAAGGAAUGGGUACAGAUCACAGGUUCUGUUCAUUUCGUUGGUCUCUUUGUGGCUGAAAUACAGUGGAAAUAUUUUUUUCUUUUUUGGGAUGAACCUGAUUUUCAUUUAAAUUUAUCUCAUCACUUCAUCACAUUCUGGUGUGUGAAAAUUAUCCAUCAUUAAAAAAUGAGGCAGCAGACUUUGUGAAAAUUAAUAUUUGUGUCAUUCUCAAAACUUGUGGCCACGACUGUAAAGAUGAUUUAAGAUGAAACUCAGACGAGGAACUUUGAAGUCAUUCUGACCAGGUCGGUUCUUUCUUUCUUUUAAAGAUAAAAUGAUUAAAGAGGAGAAAGUUCUCUCUGCUCCACAUGCUUCAUGUAAAACCAUCAGCUUUGACGUUUGUUCUGCAGCAGCUGAUUCUGUUCAUUCACUGCGUUUUGUUUAUUGAGGAAAAUAAACUAUUAAAUUAAAUGAA